AUGUGUCGCUGUCAGAGGGGUCUAUAUUGGCAAAGUGAAUCGGGCCCCAAGCAUUCACCAGCCUCAAGUUACAAACCUUAUAAGGACCAAGGCCCAUGUGUCUACGCGCCCACUUCUAUUCUUAGUCCUUGUCUGCCGCUAGCCCUCGGCAACCCUACAAGCAAGAAAACUCUUCGACCGAAUCGCGAAAUUACUGGCGUGGAUCAGCAGUCCCCACCCACAUUUCGAGACAGCCAUCAUCGCCGAUCCUUGCUCCAGGCUUUCUUGACCUGA